AAGAUGGGGGAAUGCUAGCUAUCAGCUGUUGCUAGCAAAAACUGGUCUUUUGUCUGGAUGGGAGAAUCCUAUGCUUCUUCGGUUCUUCGUUCAAGAUUGAUUCCCAUGAGACUGCCACAUGUAAACCAAAAGUUUAUCAUGUAUAGAAGGUAGUAGGUACAGUAAUAGUACUGUUUUACAGGUUUAUCUGCACAGUAAUGCACUCGAGUGCAGUGACAUCAACUCAUUAGGUGUGGAUGUCCAUACUGUAAAAACCAAAGUGUAGUAAAAAAAAUCCUAAUAGAAUUAUGCCUGCUGUACAUUUGUCAGGGAGUUCUUCAGCUGGAGUGAGGUGUGUAUCAUCUUAACAAGCAGUGCAAGAGAAAAUUCCAGAUUUCCAGUUACUGUGUACCAGUUACCAGGCCAGUGAGAAGAAGGGAGGACACAUAACACAUUGUGUUGGUCAGGUCAGCGAUGCCGCAAGCAGCGGUGGAGGCAGCUCCUGGACAGGUCGGGUGGGCGUCCGGGCUCCGUCGCUGCCAUUUCCAUUGCCGUUAUCUGUCGACGGGUAUAAAAAUCAGUCGGUCACCCAAAAACUAGUAGUUCGGGCUUCAUGGUGAUGCUGGCUCCGCCACUAGCCGCAAGAGAACAUUCCAUGUGCGGCGAGGUGGAUCAUCCUUCCCCGUGGCUGCUGCUCAUAGUUCCUCUUUCCACGCGCACGGGCCGGCCGGCGGCGCCACCACGCCGGUCCCGGCUUCCGAGGCACGCGCCACCGUCCACCCUGUCAUAAAAGAUGAGAAAAGAGCCGGAGAACGUGUGCAAAAGAGGAGCCGCACCUUACCCUCUCCUCCUUCCUUUCAGGUCCUUUUUUUUUCUUUCCUACCCCCUGCGUGCAAAGCUGAGCAGACGCAGCCGAAAUAUUCUUCUUCUUGAGCUGAAGAACUAUUGCAGAUGGACCAGCAGUGAUGCUGCAGCAUAUGAAAAAAGAAGAAAAGAAAUUAGACUGGCCCUGCUUUUGUGAGUUGAUGCUGCAGACAUAAGGGGGACACAAUGUCAUUUGAGCCUGCGGAAACUAUUGUUUAUGCACUAACAAUGCAGCCUUGUGGCCUUUCUUGGCAUAUGGAUUGAUGGUUUGAUGAUAUAUAUCAACAGGGGAACAAAAUGUCUGUCAAGACUCAGUCUGAUGUGUCUGAUGAUUCUUAUUAGUAUCAGUUCACCGUUAGAGAUCAGUAAACCUAAACCAUCUGCAGUUGCACUCUUUCACUGUAUGUCCGCAUCAAGGACACGUGUUGUUUUCACUGUUUGGCAUGCUUGUCUGAAUGGAACCUACAGUUAAACAAGUAAAAGCAUGAAACCUGAAAAAUGAAAAUAGAUGCAUGGAAGUGAUCCUUGUACCUAUGUCUAUUGUCAAAUUCAUGCUUCAAUUCGAUGAUUAUGGUUUGUGACCAACACCGUUAUGCUUGUCAACUAAUAUUCUAAUUAUCCACAUUAUCUCCUUUUUAUGCAGCAAAGCAUGCAUGCUGAUGCCGUCAUCAAGGCUAAUAAACAAUCUGUAACAGUGGCCACCUCCUUUAUCUUCCUCCCCUCUUUAUAUCCGGCGUUCCCUCCAUGCAACGGCAAGACAAGCCAAACCCAAAACCACACUACACUGCCCUCCAGCUUAGCAGCUCAAGCAGUAGCUGAGCAAGAAGCUAGCUGAGCUCCAAAUUCGACGGCAAUGGAGUUCUUGUCGCAGAUGUGGUCGCUGCUGGGCCUCCUCACCAUCCUGCAGAACGUGCUCCCGACGCAGCUACUCUCCCUCCUCCACUCGCUGUGGCAGUCGCUGCAGGACUCGCUCACGCCGUACUCCUACUUCGACGUGCCGGAGUUCCUCGGCUCCGCCGCCGUCGAGCCCAACGCGUUGUACCGCCAUGUCCAGCUCUACCUCCACCGCUCACUCCUCCUCUCCUCGCCGCCGCCUCCCCGCCUCACGCUGUCGCUGCCGCGCUCCGUCGCCGUCUCCGGCGGCGGAGGUGGGCAUGACGCGGGAGCGGCAGCGGCGGCGGCGACGCCGUCCGUGUCGCUCUCCCCGAACCACUCGGUGGCUGACAGCUUCGACGGGCACCGCGCCGUGUGGACGCACCACGCCGACACGCUCCAGGACUCGCUCGAGGAGCGGCGGUCGUUCUCGCUGCGGCUGCCCAAGCGGCACGCCGCGGCGGUGCUCCCGGCGUACCUGGCGCACCUCGCCGCCGCGGCGGACCACCUGGAGCGGUCGUCGCGCGCGCGGAGGCUGCACACGAACGCGGCAUCCCCGCGCGGCGCCGCGGCGUGGUCGUCGGUGCCGUUCUGCCACCCGUCCACGUUCGACACGCUCGCGCUCGACCCGGAGCUCAAGGCGCGCCUCCUCGCCGACCUCACGGCAUUCGCCGACGGCAGCGAGUUCUACCGCCGGACGGGGCGGCCGUGGAAGCGCGGGUACCUCCUCCACGGCCCGCCCGGCUCUGGCAAGUCCUCGCUCAUCGCCGCCAUGGCGAACCACCUCCGGUACGACGUGUUCGACCUCGAGCUCACCCGCGUCGCCACCAACGCCGACCUCCGCGCGCUCCUCAUCCAGACCACCAACCGCUCGCUCAUCGUCAUCGAGGACAUCGACUGCUCCCUCCACCUCACCGGCGACCGCAAGAGCAGACGGAACAAAAGACGCCGGCUCCUCCACGCCACCGCCGCCUCCGACGACGACUCGUCGGACUCCGACUCCGACGGCGGCGACAACCACCGCUCCAAGGUGACGCUGUCCGGGCUGCUCAACUUCACCGACGGCCUGUGGUCGUGCUGCGGCGAGGAGCGCAUCAUCGUGUUCACGACGAACCACGUCGACGGCAUCGACCCGGCGCUGCUCCGCCCGGGGAGGAUGGACGUGCACGUGCGCCUGGGCGCCUGCGGCGCGCACGCCAUGCGCGAGCUGGUCGGCCGCUACGUCGGCGUCGAGGACCACGAGAUGCUGGACGCGGCGGAGUGCUGCGUCCGCGGCGGCGCCGAGAUGACGCCGGCCGAGGUGGGAGAAGUGCUGCUGCGGAGCAGGGACGACCCGGACGCCGCGGUGACGGAGCUCGCCGUGGAGCUCAAGGCGAGGCAGAGCGCGGCGGCCGACGAGCUCCAGUGGGAGGACUCGGCGGCGGAGCUCUCCGACGAGUCGCCGAGGAAGAAAGGGUUAGGGUGGGAGGGCAAGGUUAGGAUUCUGGGCCGGCUUAGGAGCUUGACCAAGUCGGAGUCCGGACGCCGAGGAAUCGAGUGGGCUGCCAAUGGGCCUGUACAACCAUUCAUUCAAGCUGGCCCAAGCAAACCCAAGGUAAAGAACAAAAGCAACAGCAUCGAGCCGCUGAUCCAUGGGAUUUCAAGCAUGGAGGCAAUGGGGAAGUACCGCUGCGGCGUCCCGUGCAGUUGGUCAUUGGAUUUGGGCAAGGCUACUGCUCAUGGCACCAACGCCCACAACCUGUUCGGUGAAAUGUCAAGCCAAGGAGAGGUGUCCCAAGAAGAUCUCAAGAUAUCUAAGGCCGUCCCCAUCAAUUCCCCCAUGAACAAAGAGGAGAAAAUGAUGGAUGAAGCUCUGGAUCAGAUAUUGGAGAAGCUUGAACAAAUGAAGACCAAGCGUAGUGCCAGUGCGUACACGACAACAAGUGCAAGCCACAACAUUGAUGUUCCUACUCCGACAGUCGCCAUGGGCUUGCAGGUGAGUUUGAACCAUGGCAUUGGUACUACAACAGUGACGCCCACCAAGUGCUUGGUAAAUUGCUUCGACAAUGACACCGGUGUGAAUCAUGCCAUUCUUGAGGAGUCGUUUGCUAGUACCACUGCUGCAGCCACCAUGGAGACAGUGGUUAGCGAGGACAAGGCCUGCUCUAUUUUCAUCAAUACUACUGACCUCACCAAGUUUGAACUCGAAUCGGAUCAGUAUCCUAAAGCCUUCUUAUUCUCUUGGCCUGAUUAUGUCCAAGGCCAGUUGCAAGCAACGUCUCUCUUCUGCAUAGCCACCAUGGGAGGCGGCGACGUGUGCACCAUGGCCGACGAGCGAGAUGAUGGCACGGGCACGGCAGCAUCCAUGGCGGCGACGCGGCUUGCCGAACUCUGCGCCAUGAUCGACGACCACGCCGCCGCGGGGACGAUGAGCGAGAAGAGGGUCGCCACCAUCUGCGCCAUGAUAGAGGAAUGCAACGACGACGUGGAAGAAGCAAGCCGCCGGCGGAGCAGCCGGAGGAGAUCAGGCAGGUGGCGGCGGCGCGUCGGCGGCACCAGCAGCACCCGGUGCUACAGGCAGAUCGGCAGGAUCAGCAGCGGCGGCUUCGGCGUCGUCGUCAAGGCGGAGCACCGCGACACCGGCCAGACCGUCGCCAUGAAGACCCUCUUCCGCCGCCGCCGCUCGGCCGACGACGACGCCGCCGAUCUGCUCCGGGAGGCAUCCUUCAUGGCGGCCUGCCGCGGCAACCCUUACCUCGUCGGCCUCCACGGCGUCGCGCGCAACCCUCGCACCAAGCAGUACAGCCUCGUCAUGGAGUACGUCGGGCCGAGCCUGAGCGCCGCCCUGGCCGAGCACGUCGAGCGCCACGGCGGCGAGGGCUACGCGGAGGCGACCGUGCGGCGGAUCAUGCGCCAGCUGCUCACGGGCGCCGCCGCGAUGCACGAGCGCCGCAUCAUCCACCGCGACAUCAAGGCCAGAAAUAUCCUCGUCGGCGGCGACGGCGACGUCGUGAAGAUAUGCGACUUCGGGCUGGCCAUGUCCACGGCCGAGGCGGCGGCGCCGUACCGCCGGGUCGGGACCGACGGGUACAUGGCGCCGGAGGUGCUGCUCGGCAUGCCCGACUACGACGGCCGCGUCGACACGUGGUCGCUCGGCUGCGUCAUGGCGAAGCUCCUCUCCGGCGAGGCGCCGUUCCGGGGAGAAGGCACGAGCGACCAGCUGUACCAGAUCUUCGACAUGCUCGGCGUCCCGGGGAACAAGACACGCGAGGCCUUCAAGUCCAAGUCCGAGCUCCUAGCCUACGAGGUCCGGCGAUGGCAAGCGCUGCGGCGGCCGCAGCCGGAGCAGGAGGCGCGCGGCUGGCUGCCCGAGCUCUUCCCGGAGAAGUUGCUGUCGCGGGACGGGUUCGACGUCCUGAGGGGGCUUCUCACGUUCGAUCCCGGCGAGAGGCUGACCGCCGCCGCCGCGCUCAGGCAUCGGUGGUUCGCCGGAGCUGACGCUGAUGAGUCCGGCGUCGCCGCGUUGCUCAGGAAGACGGCAUCGAUAGUAGCUGGUGCGGUCAUCAGUGCUGGGGCAUUUGUUGGAACUUGGAUGAUACCUUGGUGCGACUGCAGGACGGCAGGCACCGAAGCAUAAUGAAUGCAUCAAUGUGUUGUAUACUUGUAUACUCAGGUAGUGUUCUUUUCCUCUGAAGAUUAAAUUUUUUACGCAAAGUGAUGUGAUAUUAACGUAUAAUUGAUUGAGUUUUAAUUAUUAUAAACUUGAAAAAUAGAUUAAUAUGCUAUUUUAGAUCAACUUUCAUAUAGAAAGUUUUCGCAUAAAAUGCACCAUUUAGCAGUUUGAAAAGCGUGCCACGAAAAUCUUAAUCAUCCAACUAUUGUUGGAGAAAAAAGGAGACCUCAAUCAAUGCCCCUAAUGAUGUACUCCCUUCAUUUCCAUAUUAUAAUCAUUUUGAAUUUUUUUCAUAAUCAUUUUUUUUAGGUUUAACCAAGUUUUAUGGAAAAGUUUAGCAAUAUCUAUCAUACUAAAUUAGUUUCAUUAUGUUGAAAAUGGUACUAUAUUUUUCUAUAAGAUUGGUUAAACCUAAAAAUGUUUGACUAAGAAAAAAGUCAACAAUUUAUAACAUGAAAUAGAGUACACUAUUUUUAUGCAUGAAUUAUCGAUUUAUCGAUGCAAUAAUAUUAUGCUUGAAUGAUCGAUUUAUCGGUGUACAUGCUAUUCUCAUCCUUCAUAGACAAGUAGCAUUUGCCCGAGAAACAAAAAAAUCGGAGGGAAUUGAACAUUGUUCUUCCCAUAAAUUAGUCAAACUGCCAAUUUUCAUAAAAAGGGUUAAUUUAAACCUGUUUGGUACAAUUCCAGUUCUCAAUUCCACGGUAGAUUUGAAGUUUUUAUGUUAAAAUAUAGUGGUUUAAAAUCUUAAAUUUCAUCUAUUCAAACAAAAUAAUUUAUCCAAAUGUUAUCGACGUAAUCGUGGAUUUAGAUCCAUGAAUUUGUAGAGUUGGGAAUACCGGC